AUUUCAGGUGGAUUUUAUUCCGACACUCUUGGUUACGUUGCGGAAAGCUGCAAGAAGUGUCCAAAUGGAUCUUACGUUCCAUUCGACAAUACACCUGGAAAAUCAAUUCGGGAUUGCAAAGCGUGCCCCUUAGGUAAGUAACAACACUGUUGGCACCUAACUUUUAUCAAAGCUUGUCCGUCCAUAACUCACCUCAAAAGUGGCUCUCGAAAAGUCAAAUACGUGACCAGUGGCUAUGAAUUGGUGAGAUGAGAUUAGAGAUAGUAACUCUGUGAAGACCACCCCUCGUGGGCUCAGAGUUUGGUUUGUGACGAAACUGAGGGAUUUUAUCAGGUCUACAUAACUCUUAAAAUCACAAGUAAAGGGCAAACAAACGCUUUACCUUGACAAAGCUGUCGGUCUUCAUUAACACGUGUAACAACGGCAAUAGAGUUCUUCCAUCUCGUACACUUGAUUAGCUUUUACUGUUUGCACACCAAAUCGAAAGAAGUUUACAUGACGGAAGAUUUGAUCCAGAGUGUGUUCAACUCUCUGCGCACAACCAAGCGCGAAUGAAUUGUAUUUUUCAAUCUCUGCAUUAAACUUGAACUUGAACGCCUCCAGCUUUUAAACCCUAAGACCUGUCAAAUACUCUGUUGAUCUGCAGGUUCAGGGUCGUAGGUGGGUUCCGUUUGAAACCCUUUGGAACCGUUUGAGUUUCUCUUCGUGAUUUUUUGUUCACGUAUUUGCCUGGUGAUGUAUGGCCAUAGCCUGGAGUUAUGUAGGAAGAGUUACAUGAAACCCAAAAUGAAUACUUAUAAGACACGCCCCCCUCGUCUACGGAGUGAUUCGCAGUUAAAAAGUGCUGGAAAUUCAUAUCUAAGGGAUAUGAAUGUAUUUUCAAAUUCUCGAGAUAAGAUUUCGAUGGUGAAGACGUUCAUUUUACAUUUCUUUCUUAUGGCCUCCACAACUUUGCAGCUUCUAAACCGGAUCCCUACAUCUGAGUGUUUGAUCGUAAAUCUGACACAUUUAGUUAUAUAUCUCGUUUGGCCAAGGGAAAUCGCAUAUAAGGAAUGCUCUGAAAGAAAAUUGAUUUACCAAUGAGAAAAAUCUGUUAGAAGUUAAUAAAUUUUAAAAUUAAAUCAGGAACUUCGUUUUUCGUAUUGCAACCAAAUGUACUAUAGAAAAAAAUAACUGAAGUUAUGUUAUAAGGAAAAAUUUCCAUAUUGCUACGGGUUAAUACAAAACAUUAAGUUCAAGAAUCGAUAAGCCUUGAAACGAUGCAUUUGAUGUAUAUGACCAGCACCUUUUUAUGUUAACAAACAUGUGUUAAAAUAAACUCUUCAAGUUAUAUAACCAUAAAUUUAUUCUGAGAGCGUCUCGUACCACUCGCUGUGCUAAGGCUUUCUAAACGUACGGAUGUCAGCAGUAAGCAAGAAAGAAAUGGAAAAAUUUCUUACAUCUAACUCAUUGUACUGGUCGUGAGGCAGUUAUAGCACUGUUGCGAAGAAAUUUGAAAAUAAGGCCAAAUCUGAAUUGAACAAUACUGACGCCUUUGUAAAUUUUAACAGGAACUGGUACUGACUUUUUUGCUGGAUAUCGCGCUUGUCCGUGUUUGAAAGGGUUUUAUCGGACAAAUCGAUUCGCUGAGUGUCACAAAUGUGGCAACGGAGGACUGUUAUGCCAAGAUGACUAUGCGUCCUUAAAAUCCGGAUUUUGGUGGCAGUGGCGGAACGAGACGUUAAAAAAUCAAUACCAGAAUUUCAUACAAAAUCUCUUGGCGCCUUCUCCAAGGCUGGAUAACUUUUCCGUGCAAUAUCCGUAUGCUAUCCCUACACCUUACAGGUGCCAAGAAGAGGAAUCUUGCAAAGGAGGCUUGGACUCGCCAUGUGGAAAAGGGUAUGAAGGUCCACUUUGUGCCGUUUGUAGUUCAGGAUAUCACAAGCGACUGCAGUCCUGUACAAAAUGUCCCUCUAAGGCGUGGAUUGCAGCACAAUUGUCGAUUAUCCUGGUACUUUCAUUUCUGCUUCUUACUUUUCUGAUGUGGAAGAGAACAACCAAAUUGGAAAAGGACCAAGGUCACCAUCUCAUAAAUGUGUUUUUUUCUAGGCUCAAAAUACUUAUUGGUUUUUAUCAGGUCACUAACGGCCUACUAGAAGUGUUCUCGUUCAUUGAUUGGCCAGACUCAUUGCAAGCGGUCGCCACAUACUCUGGAAUAUUUCAAUUGAAUUUGCUUCAGAUCGCACCGGUUCAGUGUCUAUUUUCAGGGUUACAAGUGAAUGCCUUUGGAGAAUUGCUUGUGUUAUUAACACUGAAUUUGAUUGUCACCAUUGCCUUGGGGACAAGUUACGUUAUCUAUAAGACGAUCAUCAUGAAGAAUCAUAGUCUACAAGACGAGGAAAAGUCGACAAAAAUCUCCCAAACAAAACAGCUUGUUUACAAAAAUCUGUUUUUCUUUUUGUAUGUGACAUAUCUGAGUACCCUUUCCAAAACAGCCAGUGUUAUUCCAUUUGCCUGCCGAAAACUCUGCAGAGAUGACAGGGAGGAGAUGUGUAGAGAAUACGCUAAAUCGGAUUACAGCAUCCAGUGCCAAGGAUCAAUAUACAACUAUUGGCUUAUCCUGGCAUACGUUUCGGCCGCCUACAUCUUUUCCUUGCCUGCUGCUUCAUUUAUUAUACUUUGGAGGCAACGAAGAGUGAUGCCAUCCAACAUAGGAAGUAAUAAGGAUUCUGACACGGAAGUGAUUGAGGGGUUGACGUUUCUUUUUCAAAACUAUAAGCCCACCUCGUGGUACUGGGAACUAGUCGAAAUGUCUCGUAAAGCUGUUCUUACGUCUGGCCUUAUCCUCGUGGGAGAAGAGCGCAGGUCCUAUAUUGGUUUAGCGUGGGUCGUAGCUGGUAUGUAUGGAAUGCUUUUCUCCUGGAUGAAACCCAUACAACUCGCUUCUGAAAACAGACUCAUGUCGACAUCCCUUGCUGUCACUGUUGUAAACUUGGGAAUUGGUGCGGUGGGCAGAAUCCCAGCAGAGAAUACAUCAGCCUUAACAGAUAAACAUAAGGACGAAAUAGUGAUCAAGAUAUUAAUACUUUGUGCAAAUACAAUGGUGAUUGCCCAAAUGUUUGGUAAGAGAGCUGUGAGUUAA